CUUCAGUUUUGAGAAAAGUUCUGUCGAAGCACAAAAUGAAGUUAUGGACUUACUGCAUCUUCCUGAGUCUGCUGUUGAAUGGAUUCAUGUUUGUCAAUGCCGCCGUUGACAAAUAUGACGUGAUUAAUUUGUUAAUUGACUUAGGGGUUCCUGUGAAAAGGGCAGUUGAAAUAGCUGAGGAAUCUGAAAAUAACCUGAAGGAAAUAUAUGAAAUUUUAUUGGAAAUACCAAAACCAAAAAAAGCCGCUUCACUUACUUCACUUACUCCAGCUACUCCAACUACAACAACGCCACGAGAUGAAGAUAACGACGACGACAGCUUUUUUGAAUUAAUUUUUGAUUGGUUUGAUUGCUGAAAUUGGAAUUAGUUUGUAUUGUAAAAAACAUUUAAAAACACUGACAAAUAUUAAUAAAUAUAAAAAUAACA